AAUGAAUGAAUAAAUAAAACAAUAUUUGUAUUGAAUUUGAAAACACAAUACAAACAGAGUGUCAGUUAAUCUAUGGAUCAAUUCAAGUGAUCGUACAGUGAAAGUGAUGGACAAACUGACACUCAUAUCGUGGACUCUAUUUUUGGCGGCCGAUCUGUUGGCCAUUAUAUCGUUAAUACUUCCCGAUUGGAUUGUGUCGGACGUCGGCGGAGAGACCCGAUUGGGACUCUUGAGGUCAUGCGUUGCUAUAUAUGGCCGAAACACGUAUUGCUUUCCGCCGCGACUGCAGACAGAAUGGACUCUGACAUUGAUAUCAAUAAUCGGUGGAUGUGUUUGUGUGACGACAACUGUAAUACUCUUCAUAGUCUCCAAUUGGAACCAUUCGGUGAUAUCGUCUGCCCGUUGGUUCGGCUUUGCAGCGAUGGUUCAGUUCUGUUUGGCCGCAGUUAUCUUUCCCAUGGGUUUCACUGUUGAGUCGAUCGGUGGUCAACCCUAUCAAUUGCCGAGUUCUCAUCAGGUCGGCAUUUCUUACAUAUUCUUUGUACUUUCGCUUUGGAUUACAGUUAUAUCUGAAUUAUUUGCCGGCAAAGUCUGUAUGCCUCACCUCUAACAUCGGUUACAACAAGUGAUUGACAUUUAUGUUAAAUCACUAUAUUAU